AUAUAUAUUUCCGUCGAUCGAUCGUCUACGGCACCAUCACCGGCGUCUCCAUCUCUCUCCUCGACAUUCAAACUCAACUCGCACAUUUUUUCUCUCUAGAAUCAAUUUCUCACUCCUCAUUUGUCCAUAUUCAAAGUAAGUGUUUUUCUACUCUCUCUCUCUCUCUCUCUCUCUCUCUCUAUAUAUAUAUAUAUAUAUAAACGCAUAUGCCAAUUGUAUUGACGAAGAUUCGAUAAGCCUGAUGGGGCACAAGAAGCGAAAUGUCGCUCCUCGCUCCAAAUCAUCGCCGUCGUGUGCGCCUCCGUCGCCGGCGUUUUCGUGCGGUGGUGGCGGAUCAUUCGAUGAUGUUCCAUGCUCAAUCGAUACCGAGCAAAACCUAUUCUCGAAUUCUUUGAUUGAGCACGAGAAACAACAGCAGAGUAAGAUCGAGGCGUCCUCGGUUGUUGAAUUGGCAGCUUCGUCUUACUCUGCAAUCAAGCUCGAAUGCGAGCGAGCUCUCACGGCGCUCCGCCGUGGCAACCACACAAAAGCCCUAAGACUUAUGAAGGAGAUGUGCCUCAAACACGAAAACUCGGUUCUCUCGGCUCUGAUUCACAGAGUUCAAGGGUCUGUGUGUGUCAAGGUUGCUUCGAUUAUCGAUGAUCCCAAUGCGAAACAGCGGCAUUUGAAGAAUGCAAUUGAGUCUGCUCGGAAAGCAGUCUCCUUGUCGCCGAACUCGGUUGAGUUUGCGCAUUUUUAUGCCAAUUUGCUGUGUGACGCGGCGAAUGAUGGGAGGGAGUACGAAGAGGUGGUGCAGGAGUGUGAAAGGGCGUUGGCAAUCGAGAAUCCAGUUGAUCCAGCGAAGGAAAGCUUGCAGGAUGAGAGCCAGCAGAAGAUAUCAACCGCUGAUGCGCGGAUUGAGCACGUGCAGAAUGAACUUAGGGUACUAAUUCAAAAAUCCAACAUAGCGUCGAUUUCGACUUGGAUGAAAAAUCUCGGGAAUGGGGAAGAGAAAUUUAGGUUGAUUCCUAUAAGGAGGGUUUCGGAGGAUCCGAUGGAGGUCAAGUUGGUGCAAGCGAGGCGACCAAAUGAGAUCAAGAAGGCAACUAAGACUCCUGAAGAAAGAAGGAAGGAGAUUGAAGUUAGGGUUGCUGCUGCGAGGCUGCUGCAGCAGAAGUCAGAGUCACUGCAAUCGCAAAAUGAUGAUGGUAAGGCUUUAGACUCGUCGUCUGGGUCUUCUCAGAGGGCCGGCGAGCGGCGGAAGUACGGAAAUAUGAGGAAGAGUGCAUCCUCAGCAGAGAGAAGGGACUUGGUAAGGUCAUAUUGGAAUUCAAUGGGUUUGGAUAUGCAGAAAGACUUGCUCAGAAUUAGAAUUUCUGAAAUUAAGGCACAUUUUAGUUCCUCAAAAGAUAAUUUGGCAAAUGAAGUCCUCUCAGAAGCUAUAUCAUUUGCUGAAGCCAAUAAAACAUGGAAGUUCUGGAUGUGCUGCCGCUGCAGUGAGAGAUUUUCUGACUCUGAGUCGCACAUGCAGCAUGUUUUGCAGGAGCACAUGGGAAAUCUCUUGCCCAAAAUGCAGUCCAUUUUGCCUCAAAAUGUUGACAAUGAAUGGAUUGAGAUGCUUCUUAACUUUUCUUGGAAACCAUUAGAUGUCAAUGCAGCAGUUAGAAUGCUUGAAACCAAAUUGAAACCCCAAGGUCCUGAACUUCCUGGUGAAUCAUACUCUAGGACUGAUACAGAGGAGUGUAAAGACUGCGUCACUGACAAUUAUUGUUCUGAAGAGGCAUGGGAUUUGUCCCCUCAAAGGGGGGGGAGGUUUGGGGAUAGUUGUAAUGGGGAAACUGUGGAGAGCAAAAGCUACGAUAAGGUUUCUGACAGUAUGUGGCGAGAAGGUGAUGAGAAUCAGGGUGGUAAGGCAUAUUUCCUACCUGAUUGUUGGCCAUUGUCGGAUGACACUGAGCGUGCAAAGCUCCUUGAGAAAAUCCAUGACAUAUUUCAGGUGCUUAUUAGACAUAAAUACCUUGCUGCAACUCAUGUUACCAAAGUAAUACAAUAUACAGUGGGUGAGCUUCAGGGUCUUGCCUCUGGUUCGCAGCUUCUCAACUAUGGUGUUGACCAAACACCCACAUGCAUCUGCUUUCUGGGAGCUUCUGAGCUUAAGAAAGUCCUAAAAUACUUGCAGGAGUUAUCUCAUUCUUGUGGCAUAGGUAGAUAUUCUGAGAAGAGUAGUACCAUUGAUGAUUCCAACAACACUGGCGCUCGAGGGGCUGAAAUCACAGAGAAAAUAAUUCUCAAUGAAGAUGGAUCCUGUCUCCUUUUGGAUGAGCAGUUCCUGCCCUCAGAUGAUGCAGCUGGACCAACUUUCUCUAAUGCUGGCUAUGGACAUAGGGUGCUACUUGAUGCUGAUGCAUUGUUGUCGUGGAUAUUCAGUGGUUCCACAACUGGGGAACAAUUGGCAUUGUGGACACAAAUGAGAGAAGAGAAAGCACAAGAAGGGAUGGAAAUUAUCCAAACACUUGAGAAGGAAUUUUACCACCUACAGAGCAUGUAUGAGAGGAAAUGUGAGCAUUUGAGUUAUGAAGAAGCUGUGCAGGCUGUGGAGGAUCUUUGUCUUGAAGAAGGAAAGAAAAGGGAGAAUGUCUCAGAAUUUGUGCAUCAAAGUUACGAAUCUGUCUUAAGAAAGCGGCGAGAGGAGCUUAUUGAAAGUGACAAUGAUGUUAUGUUUAUUAGCAAUAGGUUUGAGGUGGAUGCCAUAUCAAAUAUUCUGAAAGAGGCAGAGGCUCUGAAUGUCAAUCAGUUUGGAUUUGAGGAAACUUAUAGUGGUGUGACUUCUCAUCUAUGUGACUUGGAAGCUGUUGAAGAUAGUGACUGGAGAACGAAGGACUAUCUGCAUCAAGUGGACUCUUGUGUAGAGGUUGCAAUCCAGAAGCAGAAAGAACAGUUGGCUACAGAGCUCAGCAAACUCGAUGCGAGAAUGAUGCGAAAUCUUACUGGAAUGCAGCAGAUGGAAGUUAAGCUGGAGCUCGUAUCAACCUAUGAUUAUCGAUCAAUAUUAGUGCCUCUUGUGAAGUCAUUUAUGGGGGCACGUGUGGAGGAUCUGGCCCAAAAAGAUGCCACUGAGAAAUCUGAUGCUGCAAGAGAAGCAUUUUUAGCUGAACUUGCACUUGACUCUACAAAAGGCACUGGUGGAGGAAGUGAUAAUUUGAAACAUGUACAUGAGAAAGCAAGGGAUAAGAAAAAGAACAAGGAGCUCCGAAAAACAAAGGAUUCAAAGAUUAGACUGUCGGGUACUGGUGAUAAUGAGCUUAUGCUUGACCUUGAGACUGAAGAAUGGGUCUCAUUUCCAGUUGCAUCCGACGUAGAUAAUCCAGAUUCAGAAAUUAUUUCCACAAGUGGCGAUGCCUUAAAACAAGAGGAUGAGGAAUUUAGACGUAGAAUUGAACUUGAAGCAGAGGAAAGAAAGCUUGAAGAAACUCUGGAGUAUCAGAGACGAAUUGAAGACGAGGCUAAACAGAAACACCUUGCUGAACAACAUAAGAAAACUACUAGAACAAUUCCAGAGAAGCACGAUGAUGUUGAUCAAUAUGUACAUGAGCAAUUGAAAGACUCUAAGCAGGAUCCCAUGACCCAGAGAAAUGGAUUCCCCAAUGGUUUAGAAGGUGCAUUUGUGAACACUAUUGCUAGAGCUGCUGGAAGAAUUGGUAAUACUCACGCUCACCAUCCUACAAAAGUUAAGGAAGGGUUACCUACUGGAGGAAUUCCAAAGGAUGGCCUUUUGUCUUCUGAUCAGUGGACAGGAAGGAAAGGUAGACGUCAGAAGAAUUCUGCCAAGUUGCUUGACACAAAGUAUCAAGCUGUGUCAACUAAGAAAGAAAAUAUUGAAGUUCGACAAGAUAGAGUUAAGGACGGUCUGCAUGGUGACAGCAGUAAGUUUCACUCAGUUUUUUGCUAUAGAGCCAAACUUGUUCUUUACAUUUUACUCAUUAAUCAAAUAGUGUUUUCCAAUGACAAUUGGCAUUGCUCAAAUUUUACUUUUUAUUUACAAUUGUUCUUGAUUUGGUUGUAUGGUUGUCCAAAAGAGUAUAGGGUGCACUCCCAAAAGUUUGUAUUUAGUCCUGAAAUCAGCAUGGUACAAUCAGCAAACCAUUACAGCAUUUAUUGCUCUGUCAUUUUUAAUUUUUGGAAUGUAAGGAUGAAAUUGAAAAUUGAACAUAAACACAUUAUGGACAUGGCAACUUUGGAGAGUUUGAUGAUAACUUUGCAUGUUUCAUGCUUAGUCUUAUGUCUUUCACACUGCUGGUCCCAAGCCCAGAGAAAGGAGGGGGGUUAUGAUACGUAAAGAGCCAGUGUAGAC